UGACAAAGAAGUCUCUUCUAAAACCAUGUUCAGAUAGCUUUCUGCCCACUGCAUAUAUAAAUAGGAGCAGAAGGCCGGUCACCUCUGUACCCACUGGCAGCAGCAGAAGAAGCCGCAGCUUCAGACGCAGCCAGAGGGACUUCAGAGCAGAGAAGGCGCUGCCGACUCGCGCUGCUGCCUGACCCGGCGGCUCCCUCAGACGCCGUCUUUCACCUUGGUCCUCUCUUUCCUUCCUCUCCUUCUUUGACUUUCUCUUUUCCUUAAUCACUUAACUUCUGUCUCCUGGUGGACUUAGGCCACUUUGUCCUCCACCCCCACUUUAGCUUGUCGCCUCCUCUUUCUUCCUUCUACAUCUCUCUCCUCGCCCCGUUCUCUCAGUAUCACGCUCCCUUCUAGUUCUGUGCGUCUGCAAACUUUUGAACAGAAUACUGGCCUCAGCAAACAAGUCCUCCAGCUCCUCCUGCUGCUCUUGUUCGUUCCUGCGGCUUCUUCUCAGACACUAACGCCAGACGGCGAUUCCUUUUGGGUUGUGAUUCCAGCGCAGAAACUUGGAGGAAUCCUUUGAUCACCGUCCUACUUGGCAGCAAACCCUCAGCUAGCGGCGAAUGACCAUGUGUAGCGGAGCAAGACUGGCCCUGCUGGUCUAUGGGAUAAUAUUGCACAGCAGCGUGCACUGCUCACCUGACACCACCGGACUCCAGUUCCCUGGGAUCAGGUCGGGGAAGGACGCGUAUGACGAAGCGUACGACGAGGACGGAAACCAGCUGCAGAACUUCUUUAACUUGGAGCUGAUGGGCUUAGAAAGCCCAGCCUCCGCGUCCCGGGAAGCCGAAGUGCUCAACCACCCGGGCGAGAUAAGAGAUGUCGCUCACGUGAUCCUUAACAAGGCCUACCGCAAAGUGUUGGACCAGCUGUCCCGCAAGAAAUUACUGCAGAAGCUCGUGGCCAAGGGAGUGGGUGGGAUUCGAGGCGGCGACACCAAGGACGACUCAGAUCCGCUCUCUAAGCGCCACUCGGACGGAAUCUUCACGGACAGCUACAGCCGCUACCGGAAACAAAUGGCUGUCAAGAAAUACUUGGCUGCAGUCCUAGGGAAAAGGUAUAAACAAAGGGUUAAAAACAAAGGACGCCGAAUAGCAUAUUUGUAGCGAUGAGUUACCAGCUACCCUGUGUAUACAACCCUGACACAAUGAAAAGUCAUUUUUUCCCAACAAACUGAACAGUCACUGCUCAUGUGUUCUAUCCAAACAUGUAUUUAUGUAUGAAGUGAAGCCAUUAAAUGAAUAUUUUGAUAAUAAUAUUGUUUUUCUUUUUACAAAGCACUAGAGAAUGCACAGAUAUACUUUGUGGACCAAUUAUUGAUAUAUAUUAUAAAUAUAUAUAUUUAAGAAUAUAUAUACGUAUAAUAGAGAGCAGUUCAUACAAAGUGUGCACCAGGAUUGAAAAUUUACCUGAGCUGUUUAUGUAUUUAUAUAAAAUAGAUAGAAAAAUAGACAAUCAUUGUUUUGAAUAUUACUCCUAUUUUUGUAAACUGGAAUUAAAAGGAUAGUAUUUUUAUCCAUGACAGGCCUAAAGAUAUUAAUACUAACCAUUUGCUACUGUAUAUAAACAAUGAUGCCCUGCUCCAGGGAGAUUUUGAGGUAAUGAUUUGGAAGAAUUGCUAUAGGACAUUCUUUUCGCAGUGAGUCUCUGGGGCAGGCUGCUUCAAUCCCACCCCAACUCAACUAGGCACUGUCCCCCUCGCUGGGUGACAAUUCCAAUACUUCUGCUUUCUUUGAUUCUACUUUUAUAUGUAUGUCUCUCUUCAGAAUCUUAGCCCAGAAGGAAAUUCUCCCGAUAAAACAACAGCUCUAUCUAAAUUAUGCUUCUCCCCAGAGUUCAUAUCAUUCUCUGGGGCAAGAGUUGGGAGAUUGUAUAGAGAAGGGAGACUUGGGUAGGAAGCUCCCUUUUCUGUACUUCCAGGAAACCCAAUAUCCCAAGGCUAGGACAAUUGGAACAAAGUGAAAGAAAUGCAGGUACACUGGAAGAGGCAGAUCAUAUGCAAUAGGAGGAUGAUCCUGGAGAGGGACUGUUUUGGGGCUCUCCCAGCUCUGGGAUGCUGGGGUUAAGCUGAGUCCCCACCUUAGGUCUCCAGCCUGACGGACUGGGUGCUGGGUGUUGGAAAUGGAUGCAAAGUACAAUGUGUUUUUCUCCAGUGCUGUCCAUGCUUCUCAUCUUGUGAAAUGGCCAGGACCCUCCCCUUUGAACCCUGCUCUGUAGGAGCCACCCUUUUUUUUGUGAUUUUUCUGAAGACUCCUUCUUCCUACCCUCUUGCCCUGUUUAAGUUCAUUUACCAUGUUCCAGUCACUUCUCUUAAACUUGUGAAUGUGUCUUACUUUUUUGUUGUUUGAUGCAAGCACUUAUUGUAAAGUUUAGGAAACCCUAUGUAGUUAUCACUAAGUAAUUAUGCACUAAAUAUGAAUCCUUUGUUUCUUGUUUAUUGAGUUUGUAGGUAAAAUGUAUUUUUCUACAUUAUGGCUUAUUGCUUAGUAAAAUCUAUUUCAUAAAACCAAUCUUUGUCAUAUCA